UUUACAUUCAUAAAUUGUGGGUGGCUGUAGUGUUACACAGGACAAGGGUGAACACUGGAUUAGGAAAACAACAGGAGCAGAAAUGGCGCACCAACAACAGGACAAGAAUGAUUGUAUGACAGAAGAGGAGGAGCUCGAAUACCGCGAGGCCUUCGCCCUGUUUGAUAAGGAUGGUGAUGGGACGAUCACGACCUGUGAGCUGGGGACGGUCAUGCGGUCGCUGGGCCAGAGCCCCACGGAGGAGGAGCUGAAAGAUAUGGUGAACGAGGUGGAUAAAGACGGAAAUGGUACCAUCGAAUUCAAUGAGUUUAUUCACAUGAUGAAGAAGAAGCAUCAGAACUGUGAUAAAGAGGAAGAAAUCAGGGAGGCGUUUAACCUUUUCGAUAAGGACGGCAAUGGGUAUAUAAGCGCGACUGAGCUGCGGAACCUGAUGACUUCAUUAGGGGAGAAACUGACAGAUGAUGAGGUGGAUGAGAUGAUCCGGGAGGCUGACAUUGAUGGAGAUGGCCAAGUAAAUUACGAUGAAUUCCUUCGCAUGAUGUGCAAGUAGUUCCCAUUUCUCCGUCAGAGGACGCUUUCUCCUUGAAAACUCUACAGCCCAAAUGUAACAAACUUUCUUUUUAUGGAUGAAUUUUAAUUAUCCUUUUCUCCGCAAUAUCUUGUCGGCGCUGCUUUUCGGAUACAAAAUGGCGAGGUGCACAAUACAAUCUGGAAGCACGUGUUCUAGGAAUGUGGAACGAAGAGGCAAACUAUGUGAAUUCUGAUUCGAGUUACGUUUGGAUUAUUUUGAAAGUGGGUCGAGCUCUCCACGUCCUUGGAGGGGAGAAUCGUCAUGAAGCUAGCCGAGGGCAGACGGCAGCUACGGGACUUUUGAUGACGUCAUCAGAACAUGGUAUAAAAAAGGUGCCAUGUAUUGCGUUUACACCGAAAUCUGCAACCCUUUCUGAACAAAAGAGCAAAAAAUCACUGCUGCUUAUUACCACUGCAAAUAUAUGGCGUGAAGAUUGUGCACAUGUUUUCAUGACGUCACAUGAUUUGGUGUUCUAAGGCAUUCCUUAUACUUCAGCGUGCUGACAAUGUUUGGUACAAUUGAUUCUGAUGGUUGUGACAAAAUGCCUGAGAUUAAGCAUUUAUUAAAACGUUCCGGUGUAGGUAUUAAACAUAUUAUCAUAAGACUCGUAAUCUUGACAAAUGACAUGUUCAUACCUUUGCCUGCAUUUUGGUCUUGAUCGUUAAUAAUCGUGCCGCCAGAUGUCAGGCCAUGUGCCUCGGAGCAAUCGGAAUUGGCGAUAGUGCUGUCACCUGAUGGCUGACCAGUGUAUUAGAAUAAGAAAUGAUCACUUGUACCCUUUUACCUACAAUGAAACGAAACGAUGGUGACAGACUGCUAAAUUAAGCAAAUCAGCCCAAGACAUUGCCAUGAUUACGCCGCAUCAAGAUACGUCACCUGGUACUCGCCUUACGUCAUAAGGGAGAUUUUGCGAAACCUCUCAAUCAUUCACGAUGUGUCUGCCCUGAAUUUUAUUGCUUCUCACUUAUUUACGGUAUUAGCCAGAAAUAGCGUUGCUGGACGAACUAGGUUAAGUAGGUCAUUCUCCGAAAGUAGGUCAAUCUAUCUUCUGUAGGUUCAUCUCUUAAAGUAGGUCGUUCUUCAUAAAUAGGUCACGCUAGUUAUCUGUGCCUCGCUCGCAGUUAAGUCUUCAGGAUUUGGGGGUGUUGAGAAAAUGUGGACUGAAAAAAGUUAUUCACAAAAAACCACGUGAUCAUUUCGACGCCAUGAAAAAAGAUGGCCACCAUAUGACAAGUUUGAAAAGUGACAGACCUUAAACCGCCCUUCGAUCCUAAAGAUUUUUACAAAUGAAGUGAAUAAAUUCUACAAUUCCAUUGGCUGUUGACUCAUACAUAGGUAAAGUUUUAUAUGAAUUUGAAUUAUGCAAUUAUCUGUACAUAACGAUCUAUUUAUUAUGCCCAUUUUCUAUUGUGAUAGCUAGAUGUUUUAAACUGUUGAUGUCGUGUAAGUGGGUAGGCCUAAUCUAUUGUCUGGUUCAAUCACUCGCCGUUGGUAUCGCUACCUGUUAAAUAUCGGAAUAUCGUAUCUUCAUUUGUCAGUCGCCGAUACGGUCGUAUUCUACACUGCCAAAAGGGAAAGCAAUCUCCCAAUGAGACAAUAGCUUGCAUUUGCUGCGGGGCAAAUGUACCCAAGUACACGGUGCAAUUAUCACAAAGCAACAGUUACCGAUGGCAAGGCUUGGAGAUUGAAGUCAAAGUUGCAAUUUGUUGCUCGACGGGCUUCUCGUUAAAGGUCUACGAGACGCAUAGUCAUGUGAUGAUCAUGUGCCCAGCGUCACGUGCCCAUCAUAAACCCAAGCGUCCGUUGAUUAUCUGCCGUCAAAAUGAAUGAAAGUGGCGACUAGCUUUGCGUGUAUUCGUUGUACAUUGCAUUGAUGACGAAGUGACGACAACAGAUGACAACGACAACCAUCUGCGGCAGAAUGACAGAGCGACACCAUCGGCAUGAGAUGAAACUAGACAAAUAUUUUCACAGAAAUAGUAACCUCGUCUUUAUUUCUUAAAAGACCCGGGUGUUUCGGGUAAAUAGUGUAGAAAGCAUGCAUAUUAUUCUAAGUUAAGUCUACGUCAUUUCCUCGGACUCUUCACGCAUAUUCCUUGCAACAAAGUGUGGAAAAGACGCGAACAUAAACUCAAUGGUUUCGUAAAGUGCCUUUUUGUAACACCCUGUCUACAAACACAGCUAACUUGGCUGUUUUGGACUUCUUAACCUCGACCCAGGGUGUAACGGGCGUAUACGUCAUGCAGUUGAUAUGCAUUAAAACGCCCGAGGAAACGAUAGAGAUGAUAGUUUAUGUGUUCAAGCACUAGAAAUGAUUCCAUUCUCAAUUUUUUCAGGUUUCUUGUUGGUCGACUGUACGUGUAUCAUUUCAUAAAACAAACCGCAGUGUUGGCAAGGUCCUCGGACAAGGAAUCACGCCCACGGUAGUUGGCCCCGCCGCAAUAUUCUCUCGAUGCAGAUGAAUGCGCACACAGCACACUGCCUGUUGACUCGUCACGCGGAUGCGGUCCGCGAGGACGAUUUGCCGGGAAUGAAAAGUAGCGUAAAGCGAUGACGUUUUGUGACUAUCCCCCAAUGACAGGCAACCUAGCAUUUGCUGAGGAGCAAAGGUACGCUAGUACACAGUGCAAGUAUCUGUAAGCACCCGUCCACCAAUGGCGAGUCUGGGGGAUUGCUCUACAGAUAGUACCUGCACAUGCGCAGUACACACUGGCCUUGAACUUAACCUUGCCCACACUGUUUGGUUUGAAUCAUGGUAAACUAUAUAUAUAUAUAUAUUCUUGAGGUAUAAAAGCUCGCGCCUUUCUCUGCUCAGAAGUUUCUUUCAUAUUACAUAUCUCUGUUUAACAUUCCAUCAAUUUAGUUCAGUAUCGCCCCUAUCCCAAGGUCAAAACAUUCCUUUUAGUUAAAUAUGUUUGGACUACUUCCACACCAGCCGUGGUUGCCUGCGGCGGUAAAGCACUGGUUUUACCAUUCAAGUUCAGAGGCCCGCCAUUGCAAGGCUGUUUCAUUCCUUUCCCUGCCCAUGAAAAAAAAUGAAUUGACACUUUAUCAGUGUUUACUGAGGCUGCAAUUAUGGAAUUUCUUGAAGGUUAUACACAAGCGACACCUGUGACACUUCUCUUGUACAAUAAACUAAACAUUCAAUUGACCAGUAAAAAACAAUCUUUUGGCAAUAAACGUCCUCAUAGUCCAGCUUUAGACCAGACGGUUCAGCUUUAACAUGUGUGAAAAGUUCAGCGCACAUUUCAGCUUAAAAUGAAAUAAUAUGUUAAUCCUGACUGGUUCCUUCUCGCUCUGCUUUAUUCACUUCUGUUCUGUGAUAUUUUGUUGGUGUGUGAUGAACGGAAUUGGAGUGUAGCUGGUUCAGGGCUUCUAUACGGGUGGAAUAGCCUUUUUCCCCAGUUUCUUUAUAUCGAAACUUCGGAUUUAUUCACUGGGUUAUUAAGUAUUGUACUUUUCGCUUUGUCUAAUACGAGCGCCAUCUAUAUUUCCGACAAGGUUUGUUGACAUUUCCUUAUUUGGCAAUCUAUUUGGUCUCAAGGUAAUUUCUAGCCAAUAAGCGCUCUUGGAUUCAAAUUUCAAAAUAAGCAGCUCACCAAAGAACAGUUACGCAACCGGGUGUUUCCACCACCUCAAGCCCUGAACGUUUUUUGAUUCUGUAGGUGUAUAAUGUAGGAUCUAUCCUAUCCAAAGUGUACACUAUGGUUGUCUUCCUACUCCUACGCAAGGUUAAUCUUGGGCCAUGGGGUUGACCCCUCAUUUUGACGAUUUCAAUUUUCAGUAAUAACGGCUCAUGUACUCACUGCAACUGUAUACGUUAGGCAAAACACAUUUUGGACGAGAAUCUACAUAAAUACCGUAAAUCAUAGAUCGAUGUACAAAGAAAAUGAAUAUGUGAAGUAGAAAUUGUCCCCAAAAAUUGUAUCCUCCAAUCUUCGCAUUUUACUUUUAAUACGUGAACCCGAGAUUUUACGAGACACUCGGUGUCAUUAGUGAGUCCCUGCCCCAAGUUUCCCUAGCGGGAGUUUGAUAACUAAGUGUUUUGAUCACGUUACUGCCAUUAUGCAAAUCAACUUAAUUACUUUUUUUCGAUCGUACUAGCCAUAAAGAAUUUGCAUUUUUCUAUCAAUUACAUUUUUGAUUCUAAUAAAAUAUACAUCAGUUGAAA